CCAAAGCUGCCUGCCUUGCUCGCCCGAAAUUGCUAAGCUCGGCUGCAUUCAGUUCCCAAGUUGAUCAUCAACCAACAUCGAAAACAACACUAGAGGACAAUUGACGUCGAAAACGGGGUAAAUAGGGCGCCAAUCUUGAAAGGGCAAAGGACCGCCAUCUCCGUCUUCGAUCACCAUUGACAUCUCAUUGAAACCUCAGCCCGUUCGCAGCGCACCUGACUGAGCUUGGGGCCCAUCUCCUGCCAUCCAACAACACGACCAUGGCGCAAGAAAGCGAUCUCUCCAAGACCGUGGAUAAGGGCAAGGGGAAGGCCGUCGACGAUGAGACACCCAAGGACAAGACCGGACAGCCCGUGGCGAACGGCAAGAAGGACGAGGAUAAGGCCGAGUCCUCAGAGGAGCUCAGUGAAGAGGAUCAGCAGCUGAAGGGUGAGCUCGACAUGCUUGUUGAGCGGUUGACGGAAUCAGAUGCGACGCUGUACAAGCCGGCCCUGGAGGCCAUGAAGACAUUUAUAAAGACCUCGACGUCCUCCAUGACCGCCGUCCCAAAACCGUUAAAAUUCCUACGGCCGCACUACGAGACCAUGACGAAGCUCUACGACGAAUGGCCGGCGGGUGACGACAAGAACUCAUUGGCCGACGUGUUAUCCGUGAUUGGCAUGACCUUCUCCGACGAGGAGCGCCAGGAUACCCUGAAGUACCGGCUGCUCGCCCCUACACAAGACAUCGGCUCCUGGGGUCACGAAUACGUCCGCCAUCUCGCGCUCGAAAUCGGCGAGGUUUACGCCAAGCGUAUUGCGGCGGACGAGCCGACCGCCGACCUCGUGGACCUUGCGCUGAGCCUCGUGCCCCUCUUCCUCAAGAGCAACCAGGAGGCGGAUGCCGUCGACCUGAUGAGCGAGCUCGAGAUUAUCGAGGAGCUCCCCAAGUUUGUUGACGAGAACACUUACGGAAGGGUCUGUCUGUACAUGGUCUCGAUGGUCAACCUGCUCACGUACCCGGACAAUGAGCAGUUCCUCCGGGUAGCGCACGGUAUCUACAAGACUUACAAGCAAUACACCCAGGCCAUGGUGCUCGCCAUCAGGCUCAACGACUACGACCUUAUCUCAGCCGACUUCCAUGACGCGCCGGACGCUGCGCUUAAGAAGCAGCUUGCCUUCCUGGUCGCCCGGCAGAGGAUAUGUAUUGACCACCCUAGGGAAACUGCGGAUGAUGAGGAGAUUGUUGAGUGUCUCGGAAACGUGAAGCUGCCGGAGCAUUUCAAGGCGCUCGGCAAGGAGCUCAAUAUUCUAGAGCCUAAGACAACAGAGGAUAUCUACAAGAGCCACCUAGAGAGCAGCCGUGUGGCCGGCAUGACGAACUUCGACUCGGCCCGUAACAACCUGGCGGCUGCCUUUGUCAACGCGUUCGUGAAUGCAGGGUUCGGAAACGACAAGAUGAUGCUGGUGGACAAGGACAAGGAGAGCUGGGUGUGGAAGACCAAGGAGGAGGGCAUGAUGUCGACGGUCGCCUCUCUGGGGACGCUGCUGAUGUGGGAUAUUGAGAGCGGCCUAGACCAGGUGGACAAGUACACCUAUCUCGACGAGGAGCAGAUCCAAGCCGGCGCCUACCUCGCGAUCGGCAUCAUGAACUCGGGCGUGAGGUUGGACUCGGAGCCUGCACUGGCUCUUCUGGCCGACAAUGACAAGCUCAACCACAAGAACCCCCUGAUCCGGGUAGCCGCCAUCAUGGGUCUCGGCCUCUCCUACGCCGGCUCCAACAAGGAAGAGAUCCUGAGCUUCCUCCUGCCGCUCAUUGCCGAUACCUCUCAGGAGAUGCGCGUAUCAGCAAUGGCUGCCCUGGCUUGCGGGUUGGUGUUUGUCGGAUCUUCCAAUUCGGAGGCCGGCGAGGCCAUCAUAAUGACCUUGCUAGACGAGGAGCGGAAGAGCCAGCUGACGGACAAGUGGACCCGCUUCCUCGCGCUCGGUCUCGGCCUGCUCUACUUUGGUCGCCAGGAGGAGGUGGACGUUGUCCUCGAGACGCUGAAGGUGGUUGAGCACCCUAUGGCGAAGGCGACAUCGGUUCUCGCGUCAAUCUGUGCCUGGGCCGGCACCGGUGCGGUUCUCAAGAUCCAGGAGCUUCUCCACGUCUGCAACGAGCACAUGGAGAAGUCAGACGAGAAGAAGGGCGAUGAGCUGCUGCAGGCUUACGCCGUGAUUGGCAUCGGGCUGAUUGCCAUGGGUGAGGAUAUUGGUCAGGACAUGGUCCUCCGCCACUUCGGCCACCUCAUGCACUAUGGCGAAGCCAACAUCCGCCGAGCAGUCCCCCUGGCCAUGGGUCUCGUCAGCCCCAGCAACCCGCAGAUGAAGAUCUACGACACGCUCUCCCGGUACAGCCACGACAACGACAAUGAGGUGGCCAUCAACGCCAUCUUCGCGAUGGGCCUGUUGGGCGCCGGGACGAACAACGCGAGGUUGGCGCAACUGUUGCGCCAGCUCGCGAGCUACUACCAUAGGGAUCAGGAGUCGCUGUUCAUGGUGCGCAUCGCCCAGGGCCUCUUGCACAUGGGCAAGGGCACGCUCUCCAUCAAUCCCUUCCACACCGACCGGCAGAUCCUCUCGCGCGUCUCGGCCGCGGGUCUCCUCACUGUGCUGGUGGCAAUGAUCGACGCCAAGCAGUUCAUCACGUCCAGCUCGCACUACCUGCUUUAUUUCCUCGUCACCGCCAUGCACCCGCGCUUCCUGGUCACUCUGGACGAGAACCUCAAGCCGCUGACAGUCAACGUGCGCGUUGGCCAGGCGGUCGACGUGGUCGGCCAGGCCGGUCGCCCCAAGACCAUCACGGGCUGGCAGACGCAGAGCACUCCGGUGCUGCUGGCAUAUGGUGAGCGUGCUGAGCUCGAAGACGAGGAGUAUAUUAGCCUCAGCAGCACCCUCGAGGGGCUGGUCAUUCUACGCAAGAACCCGGAGUGGGAAGAUGGUAAAUAAAAGCAGCGGCGCCCGUCUCAAAUCAAAAUGACAGCAGAAGAGAGAAGGCUUCCCGGUUGGAGGUGGGAUGAUGUAUGUGUACAAGUACAAUAAAUGAGCGUUGCCGGAAAAUCCUACAGACUGGGACAGGAGGGCAAACCGCCGAAUGGCAGCCCAAGGUGGCUUCUGGUUUCUAAAUGGUACCUAGACAACGCCAGAAGUAGCAUCCUUCUUGACGUGGCUAUCUCGUGGUUGUGCGUCUCUAUACUGGCGGCUGGUUGGAUGACCUGGAUAUUCACUGUCCGUAGGCGGGCUCAUAAGCGCUCGAUUGACAUCUGAUUCCGCCUCUUUCUUUCCUGUCUUCUUUCCUCUCGCGGAACAAGCCCACGUUCUAUUUCGGGGGGCGCAUAGCAGCGACGGGAUGCUUAACUAGUAAGCCGAA